CAGAGCUUGGGUUUGAUUAAGAUUUUGUGAUGUGAGAGCCUAGGUUUAAGUGAAUACCUAGGAUAUGUUUUGAACUUGGCUAGUUAAUGGAUUUAGAACCGUGGUGAGACGAGUGAUGGGGUUAUACAAGGGACGAUUCUGAUUUGUGUUGCUUGAAUUUUCUGAUUCACUUUGAUGUGAUAGUAAUUUAGUUAGUACCCGUUAUCUACCGAUAGUGAGAAGUUUUGAAAUUAAUCUUGCUCACUAUGCUAUUAGGACCUUGUUGAAAACUUGGUCCCUUGUGAUAGUAUGCUUGGUUUUGGUUGUGGAAGGAUGUAUAAGGCCUUCCACAUUAGGUCUGUUUGUUUGACUAUUCAUCUGGGCAUUCGAACAUGGAUGCAAACAUGGACAAACAUGAGCAUAUACAUGGGCAUUCAUGCAUGCACACAUGGGCAUUCAUACAUGCAUGCAUAAAGGCAUUCAUUCAUACAUGCAUAUGCAUGCAUUCAUCCGUUCAUGAUUCUGGGUAUCCGAGUGAUGUUUAUUCAUCUCGGAUGGAGUUCCAUCUUUUAGUUGGACUCAUCAUUAGAUUCCUUGCCAUGUGGUUGUGUUUGAUGAGUGCCGGGUCUUGAUUUGAGUCAAGGGCACCACAUAAUCACGCCGAUAACCUUCGAGUUUAGUUACUUGUGUUGAGGCGUGAAGUUAUCUCUCGCUUCCCAAAUGGCCAUUGGGGAGGGUGGAGAUUGAGAUUGUUGUUGGCUUGUUAGAGUAGUGAUGAGUACCUAGUCCCCGUAAAAGUAGCGCAGCGAAAGCGUAGUAGAUCAUGUUCUGAUCAUAGAAAGUCGGUGGGGCAUUGUUUUGUCUUAGAUUGUGUGAAGCCAUUCACCAGUCUAGACAAUCCUAAAUUUGAGUUUUGGGGACAAAACUCCUUUUUAGGAGGGGUGAAUGUAAUAUCCCAAAAUUUUGGGGAUAUUUUAGCAUUAAAUAAGGGACUUAUUUGAGG